AUGCCAUUACCCGAACUUCCCAACGAGCUACUUUUCAUGAUCGCCAAGGAACUAGGUCGACACGACCUCAAUUCGCUUAUCCAGACUAGCCGCUGCAUGUACAAUGUCCUGAUAUCUCUGCUCUACGACUCCAUCGACAAGUGUCAAGAUCAAGAUGAUUUAUUCUGGUGGGCUGCCAGAAAAGGAAACGAAUCGUUGCUCAAGCUAGUAAUUGAGAAGGGUGCAGACCCGCUGCAAACAAAAAUCCCAGAGACGCAAGAGACGCCUCUCCAUGUUGCGUCGAAAAAUGGACAUGAGCAAAUCGUCAGACUACUUCUGGGGAAGGGUGCUUAUGUCAAUGAGGUGGACCAUUGCCAGGAGACGCCCCUGAUUCAGGCGGCGAAAGAGGGUCACGAGGUGGUUGUGAGACUUCUGAUCGAAAACGGGGGCGACGUUCAUCUACGAAGCGAGACGGGAGAAACAGCGCUACAUCAUGCAGUAGGCGAGGACCAGGAAGCAAUAGUCAAAUUGCUGCUCGAGAAAGGUGUUUGUGUUGAUGAUAAAUGUCCCAAAGGCCAUACAGCUUUAAUGAGAGCUUCGGCCAGAGGUUAUGAACCUAUUGCGAGACUCCUUUUGGAGUGGAAAUCUGAUAUUAACUCCCAUUCUAACAAUCACAAUACAUCUCUCCAUCUUGCUGCAUUGAAUGGCCAUGAUGAAGUGGUGAAGCUGUUGCUAGAUAAAGAAGCUGCUGUUGACGAGAAGGGUCUUGAUGAUCGGACACCCUUAGUUAUGGCGGCUAGAAGUGGACACGCAUCGGUGGUAAAAAUACUCCUUGAAAGAGGGUUUGAUCUCUCUAUCCGGGACAGAUUCAAUAAUACGGCCCUUCAUUUAGCAGCGCGUGAAAAUCAUACAGAAGUUGCGAGUCACCUCUUAGCAGCAGGUGCUAAUAUUGAUGCGAAGGGGGAGCUCGAUCGAACACCAUUGAUUUGGGCUGCAAGAAAAGGACAUGGAAAUAUGGUUAAUUUUCUGUUAGAGCGGGGAUCUAGCAUUUCUGCUCGCGACAAGUUCAAUGACACGGCUCUUCACUUUGCAGCCUUUUAUGGGCACGAUGAAAUAGCAAAAUUACUAUUGCAAACGGAGGGCGCUUCUGUCAAUGAAAAGGGGUUCAGAGGCCGUACACCUUUAAUUUGGGCUGCAAGAAAGGGAUACGUAGCAACAGUAGAGUAUUUAUUGGAACGAGGUUCCGACGUCUCUGCUCACGACGGCGAUAACGAUACGGCCCUCAACUCUGCGGCGUUGAACGGUAAUGUGGGGGCUGCUAAGUUACUUCUGAAAGCGAAGGGAUGUUGUAUAGACGAAAAAGGUUAUAGAGAUCGAACCCCAUUGAUAUGGGCAGCAAUAAAAGGUCAUGACGAAAUGGUGGAGGUUCUUUUGGAGCACGGGGCGGAUAUUUCAGUGUGCGACGACGACAACGAUACGGCCCUCCACUGUGCAGCGUUACAUGGUAACGAGAGAUCGAUAAGGUUGCUGCUCCUGCGGGACAAAGGAGCUAGUAUAAUCAAUAUGAAGGGAUAUAGGGAUCAAACACCUUUGAUCUGGGCGGCAAGGAAGGGACACCAAGCAGCAGUAGAUCUCCUUCUAGAACACAAUGUUGAUAUUACUGCCCGCGACAAAGACGGAAAUACCGCACUCCAUUUAGCAGUACGUAACUCGCAUACACGCACAUCGGAGGUCCUCCUAGAUAGAGGGGCCCAUAUCACUGCCUGUGAUAAUACGGGUAAAACUGCGCUCCAUAUGGCAGCAGAUAUCGCCCAUCCAGCUCUAGUUACACUUCUGUUGGAGAAGGGUGCCGACAUCACCGCCCGCGAUAAUGACAUGAAUACAGCUCUGCACCUAUCAGCACUCAAUGGCAGCUACACCGUAGCAAAGGUACUCCUAGAUGAUGAAGCUGACAUUGACAUUGAAGACAAGGGCAACGGGGACCUGACCCCCUUGAUGAUGGCAGCUAAAAAUGGACUUGGGACCACAGUCAAAUUCCUUCUAGACCGAGGAGCCAUUAUUUCUGCUCGAGACAACCAGAACAACACAUCGCUACAUCUAUCGGUAUUCAGCGGCCAUGAAGGCGUAGCAAAGCUACUCAUAGAGAGCGGGGCUGACAUCGAAGACCAAGACGACGAGGGCCAAACACCUCUAAUCGUAGCCGCAGGAAACGGACACGCAGCAACAGUAAACCUUCUUCUAGAGCGGGGCGCCGACCUCACUGCCCGCAACACAAGCAACAACACCGCACUCCACGUAUGUGUUUUCAACGGGCACGUCCUAGUUGCACGGCUCCUCCUCGAGAAGGGCGCAGACGUGCACGCCGCCGGCCUCCUCGGCCGAACAGCGCUCCACAUGGCGGUCGACAUUGGCAGCGAUGCCCUUGUGGUGCUCCUCCUGGAGUACCAUGCCAACCCGCACAUGCAGGAUUUCGAGGGAAAGACGGCUUUCAGGAUGGCGAGGGAGAUUGGUCUCAAUGGCAUCAUCAAGGCUUUGAACGGAGAAUGUGCAGCUGUUCAAGUUAGCACGAGCCUCGGCGAGCUGAGUACGAACGAUGAGGAUGGCGGGCCGAGGAGGAAGGGGAAGCUCGAUGAGGUGCUGGAGAAGGUGCGGUUCUUGAAGGAUGGGAAGUGGUCGCAUUGGUGA